ACCACCACCAUGUACAACAGCACAAGUACACUUCUGUCGCGAACAGCUACAGUCCUCCAUGUCUCGGCGUACAUGGCCAUCUAACAUUCACUGCUGCUCUCCUCCCGUCCGCGUGCAUACAAGAAGCUCGCCUGUGCCCACCGCUGCUUCACUUAUCCCUCCGUGUAGCCUUCUGUCGUCCUUCCAUUGUCUGUCUCAUUGCCGCCUGUGAAGCGAAGAUUGCGCCCUCUCUCUGUACAGCAAUCAGAGCGAUUGAACAAGAGCGGCCAGCCUGACAGCUACAUCACUUCACUUCACCAACACUAUCGCCAAACAACAUCUGCAUCCAUCACCAACCGUUGUCCUCGGACAAUCAACCUUCACAAUGGAGCAGCAUGCCGACGUCGAGAAGGUCGGCACCCAGACACUCCAACGCGAGACGUCUGCCGACUCGAACAAGUCCGAUGGCAUCGAUUCGCGUAUCAACGCCCUCACGCCUGCGGAGCAGAAGGCUGUCAUUCGCCGCAUCGAUAUUCGAUUGGUCCUGACAUUGGGCUUCAUGUACUGUGUCUCGCUGAUGGACAGAACGAAUCUCGGUAUCGCUGCUGUUGCGGGCAUGACCGUCGACUUGAAACUAUACGAAGGCUUCCGCUACUCCAUCAUCACCCUCGUCUUCUUCCUCACCUACGUGCUCCUGCAACCCGCCGCGACCGUCGUGCUGCGCAAAUUGGGCCCGAGGAUCUUCCUGCCCGCCAUCACCAUCGCCUGGGGUAUCGUCAUGAUCUGCUUCGGCUUCGUCAAGGUCUGGACUGAGAUGAUCGGUCUUCGUCUUCUCCUCGGUGUUCUCGAGGCCGGUUUCUUCCCGGGUGCAGCCUACGUGCUUUCAUGCUGGUACCCUCGAUACGACCUUCAGAAGCGCUACGCCGUCUUCUACCUCAUCGGUAGCUUGUCGUCGGCUUUCUCUGGUAUCAUGGCCUUUGGAUUUGAUCAGAUGAGCGGCCUCGGCAACUUGGGUUCGGACUACGGCAAGCGCAUCCUGGUCAACCCCAAGAACCCCUAUGCUGGAGUUGCAUCCAUCCAGGGUGGUAUUGCUGGCUGGCGAUGGAUUUUCAUCAUGCAAGGUAUCAUCACCUGUGUCGUCGCCAUGGUUGGAGCCUUCACCAUUGCCGAUUUCCCCGAAAAGGCCGCCACCAAGUCCAAGUCAUUGGCUAUGGCAUUCCUUUCCCAGAAAGAGGCGGACUUCAUCGUCGCCCGUAUUGAGAGGGACCGCAGCGAUGCCAUCGCCGAGCCCUUCAAGCUCGGCACCUACCUCAGGGGCGCCCUCGACAUCAAGAUCUGGGCCUUUGCCGCACUCUUCGGCCUGACCACCACCGUCACCUACGCCAUCGCCUACUUCCUUCCGCAGAUUCUGACCGGAAUGGGCUUCACCGCUGGCGCCGCCCAGUGCCUCAUCGCCCCGCCCUACGUGGUUGCAGCCAUCUGGAUGUACAUCUGCGCCAUCUACGGUGACAAAUAUCACUUGCGAGGACCUUUCGUCGUCAUCAAUGCCCUUCUCGGUGUCAUCGGUGUGCCCCUCCUCGGCUUCUCUACCAACAACGCCGUUCGUUACUUCGGUGUCUUCCUCGCGACCACCUCCGCCAACGCCAACGUCCCGACCGUGCUCAGCUACCAGGCCAACAACAUCCGUGGCCAGUGGAAGCGCGCUCUUGCGUCCGCCACGCUCGUCGGCAUGGGUGGUGUCGGCGGUAUCAUCGGUUCGACCGUCUUCCGUGAUCAGGACAAGCCUGGCUACGUCCCUGGUAUGAUCGCCUGUAUCAUCGCGUCCGCCCUGAUCAUCCCGAUCGUCGCCCUCCUCGACUGGAAAUUCUACCGCGCCAACAAGCGCGCCGCCGCCGGUGGCAAGGUCAUCGAGGGCCUGGAGGGUUUCCGAUACACCCUGUAGAAAGAGCAGGAGCUGAGCUGAGCGUGUUUGUGGACAUGACGCCCUGGAUUGGGCGGAGCGAGCCUGUCGGAUAUGGG